AUGUCAUCAGUUAGCCUUGACUACCUUUUUAGCAAAUUCGAGCACGAUUCUGACCUACUCUCACUUCAUAUCGCGAUCAGCGCAGCUUUAGUGAGAAAUCAACCGAUUCGACAGCGUCGCAGAAAAAUGUACAGCUCAUUAUGCUCGACUCUAAGUAUGACUCUCAUCACCAUAUCAGUCUUGGCAAGGCCGAUGUAUUUAAAUGGAAAUCUAGACACUACAUUAAGAUUAGGAACAUCAACCCCAGGGAUCAUCACAACAUCGAAACUCGACAAGAUAGAGCCAUUGGAGUUAACGCUUGCACUGCCAUCUGGAAUCACAACAAACAACGAGGUAGCACGGGAAACAGGGGAAACACAUACACUCUCGGGCACGUUAGGACCCCAAGCGACAGCUCUGUUUGAACAUUCAUCUCAACAAAACAAACCCUUCAGCAUCACACCAGAUUUUAUAAUGUGGCUGCAUCACCUUCAGGACUUGGGUUCAAGAAACCUACCAAAUCAUGGAGUCCCAAUUUAUAGCUUACCAACAUUUGAUGGUUCAAGAUCAAAUGUAAUUCAAGGCUUUCAAACACAUGACUCAUCUGUAGGAAACCUCGCGAAUGUCAUGAAAGAUCAGCGUCACUCAAUCAUUGAACCUGCUUCUUUUGAAAAUCGUCCCAUAUCAAGGGUCCCAGAAGUGACGGAAGAUUCAAGAAAAUAUAACAUUGGAAAUAAUAAAGGUCUACCAUCCAAAGGAAAAGAAAAGGUUGUGAUCUCCCCUGAUGGUCGCAAAAUCUACACCAGGAUACGUGAAAGUAUGGUCAAGUUGUCAGAGUUGGGAACAAAGGAACUUGAGGCAGAGGCUGGAAUUCAAGGAGAAAUGGUGAAGUUGUUUAGUGAUUUGAAAGCAAAGUUGAAUCAGAGAAUGAAAGAAGAUGGAUCUACUGGCAUGAAAUUACAUGUACGAAGAGCAUUUGAUCGAGCCCAAAAGAAAUUGAUAACCACUUUUCUAGGAUUCCUGAUCAAAAAUCAUAGCCAUGCAGGAGGCAAAGGCGAUCGGGAGGUUCUAAUUUCAGGGUGGGAAUAUUUGAAGAGCUACAUGUUGAACUGGCAAGAUGCAAAUCUUGAAGUCGUCCUCAAUCUCAAAGACCUUAGGGUAGAUGAUCGUGUUAGAGAAUGGACUCCAGACAAGGUUCUGGCAUAUCUGAUGUGGAUGAAUAGAAGGCACGCCUUGCCGUCCAAGGUGUUAUACAAGUUUGUUUCUGGCUGGAAAAAUUGA